AUAUCCUCCAGGAAAACAUAGCGACAUAGCGUCCCACGGCCACUAUGAGGACGAGGCGGUCUAAAUGUGUAGAUGUGAGGAGCCAGUCGAGCCUCUGACACCGACCUGACGACCUCUUGCAGUCUACCUGAUAACAGAACAGCAUUGUGUGGUAUUCUCGGCUCUCGGCUCAGUUGAACGGAAGUGAUCCCUUUUACAACAUGCCCGAACGUAACCCACCGGUCAAAUACAUCCAGAACUUCAUCAAUAACGAGUUUGUGGACUCUGUUAGCAAGAAAACUUUCCCAGUUCUCAACCCUUCAACUGCAGAUAAGAUCUGUGCAGUGGCAGAGGGAGACAAGGAGGAUGUAGACCUAGCAGUGAAGGCAGCCCAGGCAGCAUUCCAUCACAAGAGUGCCUGGAGAACCUCCGAUCCAUCAGCACGAGCCCGUCUUCUCCACAAGCUCUCUGGGUUGAUGGAGAGGGAUGCAGAUCAUAUUGCUAGUCUACUCACUUUGGAGAACGGAAAACCUUUUAAAAAUGCAAUCUGGGAGGUGAACAACGCUAUCAAGACCUUACAGUACUAUGCUGGCUGGUGUGACAAGAUUUAUGGCAAAACUAUCCCAGUUGAUGGUCCAUUCUUCACAAUGACCCUGAGAGAGCCUGUGGGAGUGGUGGGACAGAUCCUACCCUGGAAUUUUCCGAUAGCCUUGUUGGCAGCCAAGUGGGGCCCUGCUCUAGCUGCUGGUUGCACCACAGUGCUCAAACCUGCAGAGCAAACCCCUCUGACCAUACUGUACAUCACAGCUCUUACUAAAGAGGCUGGAUUUCCUCCUGGAGUUAUCAAUGUAGUGAAUGGGUUUGGACCAACAGCAGGAGCUGCCAUCACAAGCCAUCGAUCCAUUGCCAAAGUUGCUUUUGUAGGCUCCACUGAGGUUGGAAGAAUAAUCAUGGAAUCAGCUGCUAAGUCUAAUUUGAAAAGGGUUGGCUUGGAACUGGGUGGAAAGAGCCCCAUUGCAAUAUUUGACGAUGUUGAUGUGGACAAGGCAGUAGACAUAGCUUAUGAAGCUGUGUUUAUCAACGGAGGUCAGACCUGCUGUGCUGCUACUAGAACUUUUGUACAGGACAAGAUCUACGAUGCUUUUGUCAAGAGAGCAGCAGAACGAGCCACAAGGAGGACAGUCGGAGAUCCCUUUGAUGACGUGGAGCAGGGACCUCAGAUUGAUGAAGAAAUGUUUACCAAAGCUCUGAGCAUGAUAGAGGCCGGUAAAAAAGAAGGAGCAAAACUUGAAGCUGGAGGAAGUCAAUUAGGAGACAAAGGGUACUUCAUCCAACCAACAGUCUUCUCCAAUGUAACUGAUGACAUGAAGAUAGCACGCGAAGAGAUUUUUGGGCCAGUGCAGCAGAUACUCAAGUUCUCCACUAUAGAGGAGUUGGUGGAGCGAGCUAACAACACGAGCUACGGACUGGCAGCUGGCAUCGUAACCAACGACCUCAACAAAGCUCUGGCAUUUGCUAGAGCAGUGCAAGCUGGCUCUGUGUGGGUGAAUUGUUUCAACAUAGUGACAUACCAGGCACCGUUUGGCGGGUACAAAGAAUCUGGGUUUGGAAAAGACAUGGGUGAGGAGGCAAUAGAAGACUACCUGAACAUCAAAACAGUGACAAUUGCCUUAUCACAAUAACUUUCUGUACUCCAAUCAAUGAACAAAAAUCAGUCAAAAAAUAUGAUCAACACAAGACAAAAUACACAAAUACCUGAAAUACAAAACAAAAAAAGCUUCCAGGAUGUCGAUUGUUGAUAAGUAGAGAAAUUUGUUUUAAUCUCGUUCAAAGGUGUUCCUUGUAAGAAAAUAUCUUCUGUACAGUCACCAAAUAUAGGACAAAUAUUAUACAAUGUUACAGCCUCAUGUAAACUUCUUAUUUAUUUAAUUAGUUUGCUUCCCAAUCAACCACAUGCACACUGUGACAAAUCAGUUGUUUUCUAACAAAAUUGCAUUGCCUUCAGUUCAAUGUAGUGUCACAAUGAUAGAUUUUGCCUUCUUACUUAAUAAUUUACUGUGGUUAAAUAAUAAUAAACAUACAAGAAGUUAAAAAAGUUUUU